CUUCUUCCAAAGGCAUCAGUCACGCUUCUUCCUCACUUUGAAAUCCCUAAAUCCCUAACCCUUCUCAAAAGCAACAGUCGCGCCGCCCACCACCCUCCUCCGCCACCAUCUCCGCCGGAAAUCAGUCUCCUGCAGACCGCCGCAAUCUCCGCCCUUGCUGUGAAGUCGCCGCUGCCGCCGUCCCUAAAUCCCUAACAGUCGCGCCGCCCACCACCCUCCUCCGCCACCAUCUCCGCCGGAAAUCAGUCUUCUGCAGACCGCCGCAAACUCCGCCCUUGCUGUGAAGUCGCCGCUGCCGCCGUCCACUCCGAUCUGCUGGACUUCCAGAGAAGGCGAAGUCUCCGCCGCCUGCCUCCGCCGUCCAUUCCGGCCGCCUGCGUUGAACCUACCGCCCUUGCCUCCGUCGGCCAAUCUAUCUCCAUCGCCUCCUUCAUUCUGAGCUCAGAAACGCCCCAAGCAAAAUCUGAAAUCUUGGCUAUUCAAGUUAUUUAUGAAUUUACUGGUUGCCCCCUUCGUCGAAGUUUGGGACUCUCCAUAUUUAAACAGUCACUGAAGAAAAGAUAAAACAAGAUUUUUCGGGUCGUAUUGUCUGGUAGAGAGAGAUGGUGGUGGCCUCUACAGCAAACGCCUUCGCUAAGGAAAUGAGCAUCAGAAAAAGAAUUGCCAGCAUAUACAAUAAAAGAGAAGAGGACUUCCCAUCGUUGCGCGAAUACAAUGACUACUUGGAAGAGGUAGAAGAUAUGAUAAUUAAUUUAGUUGAGGGGAUCGAUGUCCCUGCUAUCGAAGCAAGAAUUGCUGAGUACCAGAGAGAGAAUGCUGAGCAGAUCAUGAACGCCCAAGCUCGCAAGGCUGAGGAAUAUGCAUCUGCUUUAGCAGCAAGCAAAGGACAACUUCAACCGACGGGCAUCGAUCUUUCCUCCAGCUCCCAAGCAGGGACGAGCAAUGUUCCCCAGGGGCAAUAUGCACCUGCUGUUGCUGGAGGAAUUGCACAGCCUCGGCCGAUGGGCAUACCUAACCCACUCGGCUCGGGUCAUGACAUGAUGGGACUCGAAUAUGAAGACGAGGAAACCAUGAGAAUCCGAGUUGAGAAGGCCGCUAGGGCGGGUGGAUGGAGUUUCGAGAUAAGCAAGAAAAGGGCACUUGAAGAAGCUUUUGCUAGCAUUUGGGUAUGAUCUUCAUACCUGCCCUUCACAUAACAAAUUUUUGCCUUUUUUUUUUUUGGGUGACGGGAGCUAUCUUGGUUUCGUUCCGGGAGAUGUUAUUUAUUCAAUGUUGCAGGAGAAACAUGUCGAACUGAUUUUAACAGUUUCUACCUUCAUAGUAGCACAUGUUUUUUUAAAUGACGUGGGCUAUCUUUGGUGCACUGGGAGAUUUGUUGUCAUUCUACGUUGCAGAAGAAAGUACAUUGAGCUGAUUUUACUUGAGUGUAACCUCUUGAGUUUUUAAAGUUGAAAGGUGAGUUGCAUAUAUUUUUUAAGAAAGGCCGAAAGUUAGGGAAACAAAUUAUGAUUAAUCCUGAAUUUUAUCUUCGAUUUUUUUUUUUGUUCAGUUUUUAGCUUUUAGAUUUUUAAAUUCGACGUACUUUAUGUUAUGUUUUAGUUUGUAGAUGUUUGUUUUUUAUGAAGAGUUUGUGUUUGACAUUGUUAUAGUACUUGUGGCUUGCAUUAGUAAGCUCCUAUGUCUUAUCUACUAUACAGUGAUGAUUUUAUGUUGUA